GCCCACCUGGCCACCGUCUUUUGUUUCCUUUUUUUUUCCCCGGUUAAUUCAUUCCUUUUCUCCCUCCUCUUAAUUAAUUCUUCAUUUCAGUUGCACACACCCAAUAUCAAACCUACUACCCAAUUUCCCCAAACAAACAAUGUCUCCAUUUCCAUUUCCAUUUCACACACUCCAAAUCCUCCAUUAAUCUUCUUCUUCUUCUUCUUCUUGUUCUGCUCCUCCUCACUGAAUUCCAUAUGACUGAACCAUUCACUAAUUCCAAUUCCGACGCUUGGCAACAUCUUCUCCGGCGAAUGUUGCCGGCCGGAGCUCCGUUACCGGAUGAAGAACAACUCGACUACUCCAUCGCCGUUGAGUAUAAAGGUCCGCCGUUGGAUUUUCCUGUUCCUUUAGUUGAUCCACUGUCUUCUACUUCCCAAAUUGCCCUUCAUAAACCUCCGAAAUUCCGUAAAGUGUCCUCUGUUCAGUCCAAAUUUGCUUUGCACAUGAAGAGAGACAGUAGUGGAAGCGGAAGUGGAAGUUCGAGUUCGCUUUCAAGGCUACGUAUCAAUUCCAGUUCGGAAUCUGAAGGUAAAAUUCCGAUGGAUCAGUCGCUUUCGGACUUGAAUAAUAGCGGUAAUGUUCCGGUUUUUGAUACGGAUGAGAAUGCUGGGAAUGAAUAUGAAAAUGAUGAUAAUGAUCAGUGUGGUGAUGUAGAUAGAAAUGAGUGUAAUUUGCCGUUGCCGGUAGGGGACAAAGAUGGAAAAAAUGGGAGUUUAGGGGUUAAGGUUAGGGUUCGGGUGUGUAGCAGGUGUGGGAAGAAGAAUAGGUUAAGGGAGAGAGAGUUUUGCAUUGUGUGUGGUGCUAGGUACUGUAGAAACUGUUUGCUUAAGGCUAUGGGAUCAAUGCCGGAGGGUAGGAAAUGUGUGGGAUGUAUAGGAGAGCCUAUCAAUGAGGCUAAUAGAGAGAAAUUGGGUAAGUGUUCGCGUUUGUUGGCGAAAGUGUGCAAUCCAUUGGAAGUCAAACAGAUAAUGAAGGCGGAGAGUGAGUGUUUGGCGAACCAAAUUCAACCUGAGCAGGUGUGGGUCAAUGGAAGGCCAUUACGGGAGGAAGAAUUGGUAGACUUGCUCGGAUGUGCAAUGCCACCACAGAAAUUGAGACCUGGAAAGUACUGGUAUGACAAGGAUUCAGGGCUGUGGGGAAAGGAGGGAGAGAAGCCAGAUAAGAUAAUAAGUUCAAAACUGAAUGUGGGUGGUAAGCUUCAGAUUGAUGCUAGUAAAGGAAAUACAAAAGUGUACAUCAAUGGCCGUGAGAUUACAAAGGUUGAGUUCAGGGUUCUGAAGUUAGCCAAGGUUCAGUGUCAACGAGGUACUCACUUUUGGGUAUACGAGGAUGGAUCCUAUGAGGAAGAAGGUCAAAAUAACAUUAGAGGAAACAUAUGGGGAAAGGCAUCUACUCGUUUCAUUUGUUCAUUGUUUUCAUUGCCUGUUCCACCUGGAAAUAUUCACGGGCCAAAAGAAGAUACAACUGCUUUUUCAGGUGGGCCUAUACCUGAGUAUUUGGAGCAUGGUAGAGUACAGAAACUUUUGUUGUUUGGGUUGGAAGGAUCCGGGACAAGCACCAUUUUUAAGCAGGUGAAGUUUAUGUCUAAAAGCAAAUUCACAGUUGACGAGGUACAGAAUAUCAAGCUUACGAUUCAAAGUAACAUCUAUAAAUACCUUAGUGUUUUACUUGAGGGUCGAGAGCACUUUGAGGAGGAAGCAUUGAGGGACAAGAAAACUUCUGAUUUGGAGGCAGAAAAUGUUGCACCAGUUAAUUCAGGUGAAACAGGAACUGAUGGGAGCAGGCGCUGCAUCUACUCAAUCAAUCAAAGAGUAAAACAUUUUUCUGAUUGGUUGUUGGAAAUCAUAGCUAUGGGAGAAUUGGAUGCUUUCUUCCCUGCUGCUACACGUGAAUAUGCUCCAGUCGUAGAUGAGAUCUGGAGAGACCCUGCCAUCCAGGAAACAUACAAGAGAAGGGGUGAACUGCAUUUUCUUCCUGAUACUGCUAACUAUUUCCUGGAUCAGGCCCUCGAGAUAUCUAGUAAUGAGUAUGAACCUUCAGAAAAGGACAUUUUAUAUGCUGAAGGGGUGACUCCUAGCAAUGGACUUGCUUCUCUCGAAUUCUCAUUUGAUGAUCACAGCCCCAUGUCUGAGAUCUAUGGCGACGACUUAGAAAGUCAACCUUCUUGGACCAAGUAUCAAUUGAUCCGUAUCAGCUCCAAGGGAGUCCAUGAUAGUGGCAAAUGGCUUGAAAUGUUUGAAGAUGUCAAAGUGGUUGUCUUUUGUGUGGCCUUGAGUGACUAUGACCUGGCAUGGACACGAAAUGAUGGUACCUCAGAAAAUAAAAUGUUGGCAAUCAGAGAUGUAUUUGAGAGUUUAGUUACACAUAGUAGUUUUGAGGAUGCUUCUUUCGUGCUCCUCCUAAAUAAAUAUGAUCGCUUUGAGGACAAAAUCAACCAAGUUCCUUUGACAGUCUGUGAUUGGUUUCAUGACUUUAGACCUUUCAGACAUCGACAAAACAAUCAAGCCCUGGCAAAUCAAGCAUAUUAUUAUGUUGCUGUGAAGUUCAAACAGCUCUAUGCUUCAAUCACAGGCAAAAAGCUUUUUGUCUGGCCAACCAGGGCACUUGAACGUACAUCUGUUGAGGAAGCAUUUAGAUAUAUACGGGAAAUUCUAAUGUGGGACGAAGAGAAGAAAAGGAUGUAUCGCAUGACCGAGGAUGAUUCCUUCUCCAGUACAGAAACCGAUUUUACUCCUUGAGUGCAGCAAAACUGACAUUGGUCCUCAUGUUGAAGGAAGAAUGAGAUAUCAGUCUUGUCAAUUGGUUUUCUCAUAAAAAUCUGCAGUCCUUGUGCCUUCUAUUGGCUCGACAAAAGAAAGUAUAGCAUUUUCUUUUAAUGAUUCAUUUCAUUUGAAUAGAUUUUUUAGCAGAUUCGAUGAAUGGAGUGAUGGAUGAUGAUUUGAUCCUUAGAGUUUCUUGUACCUUGUAAAAUAUAGAGCAGGCUUUGGACUCUCUCUUUUCUUGUAAAUGUCUCAGAUAUUUGAGUUAUAAAUGAAGAUUAAUUUUCCCUUUGCA